GAUCGUUCGCGUGCUCCAUUUUGCUCCUGCCUUCCUUACACGUAGCGUCGCUACCCGCCGAGCAGCGCCGACCCUUCUGUCCGUUUCCGCGCGGCUCGUCACUGCGCUGCUCCACACCUCCGCUCCCCACUCCCCUCUCGACCCAUCUCGCCGGGAACCCACGAUGAAGGCCGUCGUGAUCACGACCCCCGGCGACCCGGAAGUGCUCCGGCUGCAGGAAGUCGAGGACCCGAAGCUCGAGGACGGCCACGUCCUCGUCAGGGUCGCGGCCACCGCGCUGAACCGGGCCGACACGCUGCAGCGGAGGGGCAUGUACCCGCCCCCGAAGGGCGCGAGCGAGUACCCGGGCCUCGAGUGCUCCGGGACGAUCGAGGCCGUCGGGAAGGGCGUGUCCCGAUGGAAAGUUGGGGAUCAGGUUUGUGCUCUGCUUGCUGGAGGAGGUUAUGCAGAGAAAGUAGCAGUUCCAGCAGGGCAAGUUCUUCCUGUUCCUGCUGGAAUUUCGCUUAAGGAUGCUGCGAGUUUCCCAGAAGUGGCUUGCACUGUUUGGUCCACUGUCUUCAUGAUGAGUCACCUCUCUGCAGGGGAAACAUUCUUGAUACAUGGUGGCUCUAGUGGAAUCGGCACAUUUGCUAUUCAGAUAGCAAAAUACUAUGGUGCUAGGGUAUUUGUAACAGCAGGAAGUGAAGAAAAGUUAGCUGCUUGCAAGGAUCUGGGUGCAGAUGUUUGCAUCAACUACAAAACAGAGGACUUUGUUGCACGAGUGAAAGAAGAAACUGCAGGAAAAGGUGUCGAUGUGAUUCUGGACUGCGUUGGUGCAUCCUACUUCCAGAGAAACCUGGAUAGCUUGAAUUUGGAUGGGAGGCUAUUCAUCAUCGGCACUCAGAGUGGAGCAGUGACACAAGUGGAUCUGAGAAGUAUUCUGGCCAGACGCCUCACUGUGCAAGCGGCGGGCUUGCGUACCAGAAGCCCAGAGAAUAAAGAUGCGAUCGUAGAUGAGGUAGAGAAGAAAGUGUGGCCAGCCAUCGAGCAAGGCAAAGUGAAGCCUGUGGUUUACAAGUAUCUUCCUCUAGCUGAAGCGGCGGAGGGCCACCGGCUCAUGGAAAGCAGCAAGCAUGUCGGGAAGAUUCUACUUGUCACAUGAAGUUGUGGACUUGUAUUGUCCUGUCCAGUUGAGUUGCGUAAGAGGGCCGCUUGUUUAUGUGAAUGAGAACAAUGCACAGUACCUGUUACAAUCAAAUGGCAGAGACAACUGAACUAGACUAAAUAACUACCUUGUUCUUGCUUUUGCUAAGAGAUAUAAAAGCCCUUUGGACUUUGGAGGGAAAAUGGAAGAAAGCUUAGCAACAAGCCAAGCAAAGGAAAUUACUCUUUAUGAAUUACAACCGUUAACUGCAUAGAGUUUAGACGGCCAAAAUCUUUAGGACCAGCAGGCACGGUAUACAUGGAAUUUUAUUCGUUGGACAUAAACAAGGCAAAUAAGGAGGGCGUUGAGUUUUUAUUUUUGUAAGUUUUCUCGAGCGAGUUAUUGAGUUAUUGUGAGAUAAUAACUGUUGAUCUGUUUUGGGUGUAAUUGGAGGCUGGAAAGUACCCGAUUGA